GGCCAGCGCACCCAGCGCCGCAGGCACCACACCGUGACGUGCCGUGACAACGGACAGGACGCCGCCGAACUUCGAUUUCACUCCUUCAUCCCCGUUUCUUCUGGCCACGCCGCCGACGACGCCAUCAUGAAGCUGAGGACGAGCUUGUACCUCCUCGCCGUCGGCAUGCUGGUGCUGAGUCUGCUGGUGGACGACGUGGACGCCAGGAGGAAGGUGCUGCGCGGCCGGAAAGCCAUCACCCGGACGUACUACAGAGGCACCGCCAUCCCCUCCUGGUCCAUCGCGCUCCUGGUGGGGAUCGCCAUGCUGGCGGCGGGCGGAGGGGUGUACGCCGGCAUGUCCAAGUACCUCAUCGGCAACUCCGAGAACGACAGCGCAGCGUGAGUGAGCGUUGUCCUCGCACCAACAAACUUCGCGGCCGCCACACUGCCCCAGGAUGUAGACGUACUCGAUUGAAGUGAAUUUUCGUUAAUUUAAGUAAACGCAUGACCAGAGAAGUUUUUGUGCUAAUUUCAUAAUUUAUUUAAUAGUGGUCAUCACAUAUACUAUACACAGAUAUACAAAUCAUUAAUCGUAAAAUUCAUUGCUUUUUUACAUCUUUGAAACAUUUGUCGCCUCACUUGUAAAUAUCAUUAUUAUACAUUCCAUUCUCGAAAAUAAAACAGGUAUUAACAAAAAAGUA